AUGGAUGUUAGUGUUGUUAGGAUCAUAUUCGGUGAUGCUGUCAUUUUCCAGACCAAUGCUGCCCUUAAACAACCAGCAAGCAACAACCCCAUAAGCAAGCCCGUUGCAAGCCAAUUGCAUGCAUUAGCAAAGAAAAAGAAGCACCAAGGAAUCGCACGUAGAACGACCAACAAUCACAAACAAGCAAGCAACAUUCCAGUGACUCCAGAACAUCCAGUAGAGGAAGAACAAAUUUCAGCAUUUACUGUUCACAUGAACAGUCAUGUGAACAGUGAGAUGUGCAGCUCCCAAAUCUGUUGUGAAAACCAGCAGCAAUCCAGCUUAGAGAAGAAAAUGACAAAACGCAGGACCAAUGCUGCCCUUAAACAACCAGCAAGCAACAACCCCAUAAGCAACCCCGUUGCAAGCCAAUUGCAUGCAUUAGCAAAGAAAAAGAAGCACCAAGGAAUCGCACGUAGAACGACCAACAAUCACAAACAAGCAAGCAACAUUCCAGUGACUCCAGAACAUCCAGUAGAGGAAGAACAAAUUUCAGCAUUUACUGUUCACAUGAACAGUCAUGUGAACAGUGAGAUGUGCAGCUCCCAAAUCUGUUGUGAAAACCAGCAGCAAUCCAGCUUAGAGAAGAAAAUGGUGAAGAAAUCAGCAAAGAAAUACAUUUUUGCAAC